AUGAAAAGUCAAAUCCGCCGUCACGUAACUGAAUAUCCCAACUCCGAAGCUGCUGGAGAGCUCGUGGAAAUCGCCGACGGGGAUCUCAACAGAGGAGAAGGUGAAGCCGAUGAUGGGCUUCCAGCCAUGGGUGACGAAACUCCAUUGCCCCAAUCCGCAAUCCAACGAAUACAGUCUCUUCUAACCAGAAAAGAAGCUGCUCGGACGGCCACUCUGUCAAAAUCCUGGCGCAGCGCGUGGCUGACUCGCCUAGACGUCGACCUCGAUGAGAGCGAUUUUGGGAAUCAUCGCGCGAUUGAUAAGUUCUCUGUCUUCGCGAAGAAAACCGUGCAAAGGUACGAGGAAUCGAACCUAAAGAUUGAGAGUUUCAGGUUAAGAAUGAACUAUUCUAAGCGGUGUGAAUGGGACGAUAAUCUUACCGGCCUUGCUUACGAGUUGAUUGUAAAAGCGUUGAGAUUGGGCGCGACCCGUCUCGAUCUACAACUCACGCAUUUCAAUGAUGAGAGACCCAUUUUGCCGCACGAGGUUUUUGAAGCUGAGAACCUUGUCGAGUUAUCCGUGGAAGGCUACUUCAUUCCUGAUCUCGUGCUGGAUCAAAGGGUAAGAUGUUCAAAGCUUGAAUCCCUUACUUUGAAUGACGUGAGGAUUAAACGCGAUAUGGUCUCCCGCAUAGUUUCAGCCUGCCCCUUGAUUAAAAAAUUAUCACUCUGCAAAAUUAAGAAUAAUAGAUUAUUACAGAGGCUUGGUUGGGUUUGUGAUUAUCUGACCGAUUUUCACAAGCUGACAUCCCUCAAGCUUCAAGGUAAGCGUUUGGAUUCCGCGUUUCUGGAUGAUUUGUCCUUUAGAUUUCCUAAUGUGAAGGAUUUAUCCUUGGAGUUGUGCUAUUCUAGUGAUGAAAUACAAAUCUGCAGCCACUCGCUCGAGCGUCUGGAAUUACUCACCCAAGGUAAUUGGAAGCCGAAGAUUGUAUUGGAUGUCCCUGGUAUUCGUAAAAUUGUAUUCAAAUGUUUUGGACUUCCUUUAUUCGUUUUCAAAUCGGAUUCAAAGGAACUGGAUGAAUCGCAUAUAUCCAUUGAGUGUUGUAGUAUUGAACGUUUGUGGUUUCUGGAAUUGUGCAAGCUGUUGACGGAGUUGAGGCGGUCAAAAAAUUCUCUCUCUCUUUCAGUCAUUGCUGUGGAUGUCUGA